UUGAAGACACAUUCACAGUCAAACAUGAAGAUCCUGAGGAACAAACAGAGCCGAUGGUGAUGAAAAAAGAGGCUCAAGAACUGAAUGAAAUUGACAAGAAAGAUCAGAAUGAGGAACUCCAAGGCUUAGUGACUGAUGAACAACCUUCUAAGAAGAAAAGAAGCUCCCGUAAAAGAGAUGAGAAAAAUAGAUCCGAUGCCGAUUGCACCUGCUGCCAAUGCGGCAAAAGUUUCAGACUAAAGCGCCACCUUCAAGCCCACGUGAAAAUUCACACCUGCGAGAAACCGUUCAUGUGUGAUCAGUGUGGAAAGAGUUUCACUCACCUGCACAGCCUUAAAGCCCACAUGAGACUUCACACUGGAGAGAAGCCUUUCGCCUGCCAACAGUGCGACAUGAGAUUCGUUCAAAAGCAGAAACUCGAGACGCACAUGAGAGUUCACAACAGCGUCCAGCCAUUCGUUUGCCAGCAAUGUGGAAGAAGCUUUACUAUAAAUAAUAAACUUAAAAAGCACAUGAAAAUCCACACCGGAGAGAAACCGUUCCCCUGCCAGCAGUGUGGGAAGAGCUUCGCUGAAAAAGAGCUCCUCAAGGUCCACAUGAGAAUUCACACCGGAGAGAGACCUUACACUUGCACUCACUGCGGAAAGAGUUUCACGCAGAAGAGCAACCUCAAUUUACACACACGAUCUCACACCGGAGAGAAGCCCUACCCUUGCACGCACUGUGGCAAAAGCUUCACGUGUAAAAACUAUCUUGAUUGCCACAUGAGAACGCACACUGGAGAGAAGCCGUUUAUAUGUGGUCAUUGUGGAAAGUGUUACGCUCACAGAGAUAGCUACAAAACUCACUUGAAGCUCCACUCUGGAGAACAGGGGUAAUUAUGACUUAAAAACGGUCCAAUGUAUGAUUAAAUCCCAUCGUUUCAGCAGUUUUAUUCUGUAGUUUUUUUUAAAAGGGGUUUGGCAAAGGGGUGUAUCCAGUUGUGUGGAGGUAGGAAGGAAAGGCUACACCUAUCUGCAUACCACCAAUGCCAAUAGACUCAAAGCUGCUUUCGGUGCUCCAUCUCAGUCCCUGAACAUCCUUAUGGUGCAGGUCCACUGCAAAUGAACAGACUUACAAACCUAAAGGCCCCAACUUUCCAUCUUUGUUCUUCAUUUGUGGGCAAAAGGAAGUGUGAAGAGGCAGAGUGAUGAUGGUAUACAGCAUAGAUCUCGAACUCGAUUCCUGGAGGGCCGCAGCUCUGCACAGUUUUGCUCCAACCCUGAUCAAACACAGCUGAUCAAACUAAUCAAGGUGUUUGAGACUACUAG